CACGCAAUAAAGCAGCAGCUUGCAUAUUUCAUCGAAGGUCGCUGCAGGUUCGUCCGUCAGCAGUGUUAUAGGCUGAGCAGCACUGGAAACGGGAGCAGGGCAUAAUUAUUAGUGACUUUGACUAUUACUAAUUUCUCCACUGGAUCAAAAGAACUGCAGCUGAAUUUACCGUAUAUGGGAGGGAGCUGGAAAAUGUAUGAUAAUGUCAGACAAUCAGCAGAAAUACCCUAGAGGUUAUCUAGGUCUUCCUACUUCAGCAACACCCACAACAACAACUGGUUAUGGAGCUCCGAUGUCCACCGCAGCAACAGGGAUCAGUACGUCACAAGUAGCCACCUCCCCACUCAGCAAUGCUGCCGUUUUCGCACACUCUCCGCAGUUACUCCAAAACACGGCAGGCACCGCUGUCGUAUCGCCACAUUUACCGUUUUCCUUUGUGUCCCCUACCGGCCAGAUUUUCCUCUCCUCUCUCGUCCCUCUCUCCCCCUCGCUCCCGUUCAUUGGCAAUACCGGUUUCGUUCCUCACCCUCAAACGAACCCCAUGCAGUUGACAGGUUUAACUCUUCCUUUUGGCCUUCCUUCAACCAUCAGUCUCCCUUCUUCAGCUCCGCAAUCAUCAACACUGUCCGUCUCGUCAAUCGCAGACUCCCCAACUAGUCCCCUCUUAGCACCAGAAUCCACAACUACAAUGAUUACGUCACAGGCGCAAAUGUCCAAAACUGUAUCAACCAUAGACGGAGGACAACCAUCGUCGGUAAAAACUCUGCCACUUGUCCAAUCACCACCUUCAGAUUCAACCAGAUCUUCUGUACAGCUUCCUUACACAACCCUCUCACUACAGAGAGCCCCUUCCCUGCAAACCGACCAAUCUUCUCCCGCGUCUUCUUCCUCGAGUCAUCACCAAGCUCCAUAUUUGGAGGACCCACAUAAACAGAGAACUCAGUCGAAAGAGCACGCCACACGAAAUCCAGCAUCAGGUUCGCUGAAGAAGCUUCUCGUCUCUCCCAAGGAAUGCCCUUCAUCUCAUGAUCUGCUGAAGGAACAGCUAGCGGGAGAAAACGACUUAAUCCUUUUCUACCACUGCUUCCUCUCGAGUCCUCAGUCGCAACAUCUACACAUCGAGGUCUUGCCGAGCCAGGGAAACCUAAAGUGGCUACAAGUGAGGCAGAAAGUUUUUCACAUCGACCGGGAGCUUGGGCCCGUUGUUGUAGCUCGAAUUCUUGUAUCAAGCAACGCAAUAGUGAAACUCCAACUCCUGUUUCCCGUCUACAAGACAAUAUUCACGAAACUCUUUGUCGAGCAGGAAAUGGAAGACCUGCUCUCGGAACUGAGCCUAAAUCACGUAAUCUGUCCGGGCCUUCCCAAUUACGCCGACAAGUUUUCCGUCCUCGGCUACCAUCCCAGCCACGUCCGCAUCUUUGAAUCGACUCACAUGAAACGCUACGACCACGAACACUGCCCCAUCUGGCACGUUCCGACAGGAACAUUCUCAAAAAGAGACCGCACUGCACAAAAGAUGUGCAAACAGUGCAAAUACUUGCAAAACAGUGUGGUGCGGCUCGCGACAAAGGCGUGCGAGGUGGACCCUGCCGAACGAGAAUCUUGGACAAACCCGUCGUCAAACCGACCACUCGCAUACAUGUCCGCUGCAGAUCGCGAAGAGAGGUACCGCAAGCUUCGCCAGGAACGAAAUCAGAUGUUGGUCAAACUUCGAGCCUACGAAGAACGACUAGGAAUAGGUGCCAGUGGUGAAGGCUUAUCACAUGCGCAGUCUACCACAGUGAAAAGUGAUGUAGCUGAGCAUUUGGUGUCCGUUACCGAGCUACCUUCAGAGGAAGGAGAAGGAGAGGAGAAGGAGGGGGAGGGGGGAGGGAAAGAGGAAGAGAAGGGGGGAGGGGAGAGUGAGGGAGAGGGGAGAAGAAGUCAAUUAAGGCUCCAAGCCAGCAUCAGUGAAUUGAACUCUGACUCAGGGGCCUCAGAGGUUGAAGGAGGUGGCGCCGGUGCCAGUAGGACUGGCUGGGGUCAAGGGUACACUGGAGACAAGAGGAGAGGCUCCGCUGGGCCUGGGGAAGGAGGAAACAGACCUUCAAAGCGGGCAAAGUCCACCAGUUAGACUAUCAUUGUUUCAAAACCUGUUUACCCAGUCUUACCGUCUCAUAUUUCCUAAUGCGGAAUUAUUUGAUUACUA